GCGCCGUUUUACUAGCCCAGGUCCCUACCACCUACGGCGUGCCACUGAAAGUGCGUGCAAGCCGCCACUAACCAGCGCCUCCGUCCGUCCGUCCGCCCGCCGCCGUCGCCGCUGCCCCCGUUCCAUUCAUUCGGCCGUCCGGGUCGGUGCUUGCUAGGCGUGCUCGUUAGCUUCCAAGUUGUUAGCGGACGCCGGGCGACGCGACCCAUGCCGCUAAUCGGGUGACGACAUUGUAUUUCGAUCCAAGGUCACUUGCUCCUUCCGAUCGUCGUACCCGAGACAAAAACUCUGUUUUGUCUCUGCAAACCCCCGUCCCACGCCCCAAUUCCCAUUGUAUCGCCCUCGUCAAAACAAACCCGGCCCCGGGGACCGCCCUGGCUAUUUUCUUUCGGUUUGAUCUGCUGCCUGCGUGUCUUGCAUUUUUCCAGACCUCAGCGCUGCAGGCCGACAGCGGCGGCAGCAGCAGGAGCAGCAGCGGUACAGCCACGGCGACCGCAGUUCUUCCUCCGUCCCCGCGCCGGCCUCAACGGUAUCCGGCAUUCGCCGUGAUAGCGCGACCGUUGUUGUCCGGGUCGUCCGUCGACAGUCCCGGUGUCGCCGAAGACUGCGAAUUCCAACCCGUCGAUACCUGCGCGCCGCAACUCUUCCCGACGCCCUCUUCGUCGUCUGUACCGACAAUACUCGACCUGCAUGUCUCCAGUCCGCGCCGCCCUCCGCCACGGCUCGAGAUCGAUUGACCGCCGCUGCGCGAGGCCGACCCCCGGGCCUGCAUCAGCCCCGGCUGCGCCCCGGCGCCGGACGCGCACGUCCUCCUGUCCCGACGAUCGCAUGUCGCAGAGAUAGCAUCCCGGCAUCACCCAACCUCUCAGCUGCCUCGGCAGGUAACACAAACAAACCCCCCCGGCCGCCUGCCUCCCGUGGCCACGGCAGCGCACCAUGGCGUGGUCUCACCUUGACAUUACCAAGCCGCACUUGGUCUACAUCAUCCUCGGCGGCUUCACCUCUCUCUUCAUGCUCUGCUCCUCCUUCAUCAAGGAGCGCAUGUACAUCGGUGAAGCCACCGUCGCGACGCUGUGCGGCGUCAUCUUCGGCCCCCAUGCCGCCAACCUCAUCAACCCAAACGAGUGGGGGAGCGUCGACAUCGUCACCGUCGAGUUCUCCCGCAUCGUUCUCGUCGUUCAGUGCUUCGCCGUCGGAGUCGAACUGCCCAAAUUCUACAUGGAGAAGCAUUGGCGCUCCGUCGUCUUCCUCCUCGUCCCCGUCAUGAUGUUCGGCUGGCUCAUCGUUAGCCUCUUCAUCUGGUGGAUGGUGCCCCAACUGAGCUGGCUCGAGUCCCUGGUCGUCGCCGCCUGCGUUACUGCCACUGACCCCGUCCUCGCCUCCUCCGUCGUCGGCAAGGGCAAGUUCGCUAAGCGCGUCCCCAAGCACUUGCGAGACCUGCUGUCUGCUGAGUCUGGCUGCAACGAUGGCAUGGCCUUUCCCUUCAUUUACCUGUCGCUGUAUCUCAUCCAGUACCAUGAGAGCGCCAAGGAUGUCAGCUUCCACUUCGUCGUCUAUGUCAUCCUCUACGAGUGCAUCUUCGGCGCCAUCUACGGCUUCAUCCUCGGCUACAUUGCCCGCCACGGCAUCAAGUUUGCCGAGCAGCGCGACUUGAUCGAUCGCGAAAGCUUUCUCGUCUUCUAUUUCGUCGUCGCCCUCUUCUGCGCCGGCUCGGGCAGCAUCCUCGGCUUGGACGACCUGCUUGUUGGUUUCGCCGCCGGCGUCGGCUUCUCCAACGAUGGCUGGUUCGGCGAGAAGACGGAGGAGUCCCACGUCUCCAACGUCAUCGACCUGCUUCUCAACUUGACCUACUUUGUCUACUUUGGCACCAUUAUUCCUUGGGAGCAGUACAACAAUGACGUCUUUGGGCUCAAGGCGUGGCGCCUCGUCGUCAUUGCCAUAUUCGUGCUUCUCUUCCGCCGCAUCCCCAUCAUGAUGGCUCUGAAACCAUUCAUACCCGACGUGAAAAACUGGCGCGAAGCACUUUUCGCGGGCCAUUUUGGCCCCAUUGGUGUCGGCGCCAUCUUUGUCGCCAUUCUAGCCCGUGCCGAGCUGGAACACGAAGAGCCAGUGCCACUGGCCGAGCUCCCCCCUCCAGGCGUCGAUCACUACUCGCUCAUCUACCUGGUCUGGCCGAUUGUCAGCUUCCUCGUCAUCUCGUCUAUUCUCAUCCACGGCUCUUCCAUCGCCGUAUUCACGCUGGGUAAGCGCAUCAACACCCUCACAUUGACCAUGUCAUACACGGCCGCCCCAGAUGAUGGCCCGUCAUGGAUGAACAGGCUGCCUCGCAUCUCGUCUCAGUCUCGGUCGCAGGCCAAGACCAUGUCGGAGGCCUCGUUCGACGAUCCCAAGGAGCCCGACUUUCCAGCCGGCACGCUCGCGCCACCCUCAAACUUUUUGCGUCGGCAGCGUGACGAGGACAACCCUAGCCGAGCGGGUAGCAGGGCUUCGUCCUUGGUUUCGAGGAGGCGCAAGCACAAGAAAUGGGACGAUGGAAUCGGACCCGGUGGCCCUGUUAGUCACUCUGCCAUCUUCCCCACCAGGCCGGCCGCCGCCACCGGUGACCUCGAGAAGGACCCGUCUCCCCCGGCUCGAGAGAACACCGACUCGACGACGCUCAACGGGGACACUCCCAAGGAAAAGGACGUCGAUAGAUCAGAGGAGGCAGAGGAGGUGCACGAAACAGAGAGGGAAUCUCGCCGGCCUCGCCGCUCCCCACAGCAUGUGGAAAUCUACGACGAAGGCGGCCAAAUGGUUUUCGAGAAUGAGGACGGAGAUGUGCUGGGUGUUGAGCGAACCGACGGCGAUGAUCAUGAGGAUGUGUCGCAUCCUGCAAACACGCUGAAACCCAACGCUGAACCAUCAAGCUGGUCAUUCAGCGGCCUGCGACGCAAGAUGAGCGAGGUGUACACCUCGGAACUUGAGAAGCGCAAGGACAAGGGCAAAGCUGACCGGCGACACGAGCCGGCUCGCGCCUACCAGUUCGGCAACAUGGUUUGGGCUCCCCGCGCCCCUGAGUGGACCGAAAUUGUACUGACUUGUCGCAGAUUAUUGUUGAGGAUGAGGAUGGUGAAGUCGUCAAGACGUACGAGCUCCCAUCCCAAAAGGCCGAGGGACAGGAAGGCGGCGCCCUCAUUGGAGCCAGCCUUAAGUACCUGGGUCUCGGCGCAAAGGGCCGUCAGGCAGAAAGGGACCCCGAGUCAGCAGCCGAGGAGGGCCAGGCCGGCACGAGCAGCGCGUCACCAAGUCGGCCGCCGACCAAGUCUGCCUGGUCAGGCUUCACCAGGAGUCGGCCUGAGCAAGCGCGGAGGAGGAGCGUGGCCCAGCAGCAGGAGGCCGACGACGACAAGAAGAUUCGGUUCACCAUUGGCGGCGUGGGCCAGCGCAUGACCAAGGAGGACUUCAUCAUGGAAGUGCAGAAGCUGGAUGCAGGCACGCGCAAGGAAGUUGUCGAUCAUUCCUCAGCAUCGACCGCUCUUAAGAGGCUCGCCAGGCAGGAUCCGCCCGUCAAGCCCGCUGGCCGGCCAUCCGGGCCCCCGAUCCCCGUGAUUCAUGAGCACGGCAGCCAAAGCAGCAACGGCGAGAGCAGUCGCACGGGCCGCGGACGCUCUGAGUCUCUGUCCCCCGGCCGUCGGCCAGCCCAACCGUCGAGCCGAUCGCCGCCAUCGUCUAGAGACGGGCAUGCGACGGAGCUGGAGGAGACGGCCGUCGAGCGUAAACGCAGGCUGGCCGUGCUGGCGAACCAGGCUGAGGCCGAAGACGAGGGCGAGCACGAAGCUGGGGAGACGGGUGAGACGCCGGCCGAGCGACGGCGACGGCAAGCCGCGCUGGGCAUGGCGCAUGGCGCGGCGGCCGACGCCAGCGACAGUGACGACGAGGGCACGGAGCGCGUGCCACCCGCUAGGAGAGGCAUUAGGUUCGCCGAGCCGCAGCGCAGCGUCAAGCAGCAUAAACAUCGCCACUGACGUGACUGGAGGAAGCUAAAGCCGGUUUGUGUUUGUCUUUUUCGUCUCUGCUGCAAGCAACGGCAGCGGCGAUAUGUGUACGAAACUACGAAGCAGGAUGCAUGCAUUGGAUGAAGUAGGGCUGCCCGUCCGUCCGCCCGUCCUGGACGCGGAGAGGGUGAGAGGUCUGUCCUCCGUCCCAAGGUCGCUGUUUUUAUUGCAUCGCGCGCACGCGCGCGUAGCGGGAUUCACGUCAUACAUAGAAUACCUAGCAUCUGAGAAGAAUGCAUCGAC